UUGUGCUUGGUUAAGAUUAAAAUCAACUUAUUAUUCUAUUACUGAUAUUUAUAAAAUAGUUAUAUUUAAAAGUCAAUACGAUGGAUAUUAGUUUAGCAGAAAUAAUUAAAAAGAAAAAAAUGCAAAAUUUCCAGAAACGAAAUGGAAAAAAUAGAAUACCUAAAAAACGUGGAGCAUUUCAGUCUGUACCAAAGGCAAAUAUUAAAGAUGCUAGAUUGAAGAUAAUACAAAAAAAUCGAACAAAAUUAGUUGAUGCUCGUGAUAAACUAGCGCAGAUUGCUAAAAAAACUGAUGCUAGACUUAAGCUGCAAAAGUUGAGAAAACAGAACCUUCCUCAAAAUGUUGGAAAUGGUCGAUUUGCCUUAUCGACUAACAGAAGUGGCCAAAUUAGUUUAUCUACAAAAAGAGAUUUUGUACGGAAACCAGCUGAUUUACAACGACCUGCCAAGAAGGAACUUAUUCCCUCAGAUUUUGUACGCCAGCCAGCUGCGUUACAAUGGUCAGUGAAGAACAAUUGUAUUCGCUCAGAUUUACCUAUAACUAUGACAUUUAAAAAUAAUUAUGCAAUGUCUCGGAUGCCACCAUUGCCUGACAUUGGCAAUCGAUCUUCAAUUUGGGAUUCCUCAAUUAGCCGCAAUGUUAAAACUAUUCGCAAGCCACAGUCCAUCAUUCCUAAAGAUUUGCACAUGAAAAUCACUGUUAAUCAAAAUGUACCUGUAAAUCGCAAUAUUAUGGAAAGCCCUGUAGCCAUGGAUAUUGAUGAUGAUGUUGUUGAUGCAAUAUAUGAAAGACCAAGUAGAUAUAGAUCGUUACGAGAAGUGACACCUCCACCAGAAAGACCACAAAAUAGGGCCAUAUCAGGAUGGAACUCAGCUCAUCUUGUUCCUAGAACUAAUACUAUUGAUUUAACUGAUUCUGUCCAUUCAAGACUAGAUUGUAGUCCACCGCGUGUUAGGACUAUGGGUAUUUUAUCAUCAGAAUCUAAAGAUUACUCAAGAAGCCCUCCCAGAAUUCCUAGUCGCAGUAGAACUCAACAGCAGUCCAGACCUGUUCAAAGUUAUAACUUACCACAAGGGUAUAGGAUAGUUGUUAGUAACCUUCAAGCAAAUGUUACCCAAGAGGAUAUUAAGGAAUUAUUUGAGGAUGUGGGAGAACUUUUGGAAUCUCGUUUGGUUAGACCGGGAACUGCUGAAGUUAUUUUCAAGACAUUGGCUGAUGCUCAACAAGCAGUGGAUGUGUAUCACAAUCGACAACUAGAUGGUCAGCCUAUGAAAUGUUUGCUAGUUAAUCCAAGGCAGGGUAAUAAACCAACAGCACCGGCAUUGAAACCCACCAGUCAAUUGAGAGGUUAUGUACCGAAAAGAGCCAGUACUAUUGCUGAGCCUGAUUUAGAGGCCUUUCAUGCUGCAAUGUUUAUGAGGAGAUAAAAAAUUAGGAUGAAGGUACAUCAUUUUAUUUUACCAGAAAUAAUCAU